UGCUGGCAAAGCUCCUCCAGAAUGCAACCAGGCGGCCUCGCAGCUCCUGGUGCCGGGACUUGGUGCUUCUCUGCCAAUCCCUCCUUCUUGCUCCAUCCCAACUCAGUGUUGCAGCUGCGGCUGCUGCACCGCCUCCCAUGAAACUCCCUCCCACUUCCUUCCAAGGAGUUCCUUCUGUCAGGGCAGAGCUGGGAGCAGGAGGAGCAGAAGGAGCCUGAAGGAUCAUCGGCAGAGACUGUGGAGCUCCUUGGCCCUGCAUCACCGUUGGUGGACCUGUGGGCAGGUGGCCACCGUUGCCACCAACCCUUCCUGGGUUUCCAUGGACUUCUCUACAGGGCUGGCGCUCGCCUGGGCUCUCUGCCUCCUUCCAGGUUUCAGUGACGCCUUCAACAUCGACACCAAAAGGCCGCGGAUCAUACCGGGCUCCAAGGAGGCGUAUUUCGGCUACACGGUCCAGCAGCACGAAAUCAAUGGGAAGAAAUGGUUGGUGGUAGGAGCUCCAUACGAGACCAGCGGCCAUCAGAAGACCGGAGACGUCUACAAGUGUUCGGUGAAUGGCGAAACCAACAGUACCUGCUCCAAACUCAAUCUCGGAAGAGUAACUCUUUCCAAUGUGUCGGAGCGCAAGGACAACAUGCGCUUGGGCCUGAGCCUGACCACAAACCCCAAAGACAACAGCUUUCUGGCCUGCAGCCCGCUCUGGUCUCAUGAGUGCGGAAGUUCUUACUACACCACAGGAAUGUGCUCUCGAGUGAACUCCAACUUCAGAUUCUCCAAGACGGUGGCUCCAGCCCUCCAGCGAUGCCAGACGUACAUGGACAUCAUCAUCGUCCUGGACGGAUCCAACAGCAUCUAUCCCUGGGCGGAAGUUCAGGAUUUCCUGAUCAAGAUCCUGAAGAAGUUCUACAUCGGACCCGGCCAGAUUCAGGUUGGAGUCGUGCAAUACGGGGAAGACGCGGUGCACGAGUUUCACUUGAACGACUACCGCUCUGUCAAGGACGUGGUGGCAGCCGCCCGGCACAUCGAGCAACGGGGAGGCACCGAAACCCGGACGGCCUUCGGGAUCGAGUUUGCCCGCUCCGAGGCCUUCCAGAAAGGCGGCCGGAAGGGAGCCAAGAAAGUGAUGAUCGUGAUCACGGACGGCGAGUCCCACGACAGCUCCGACCUGGAGAGGGUCAUCGAAGGCAGCGAGAAGGACAACGUCACCCGCUACGCUGUGGCCGUCCUUGGUUACUACAACAGGAGAGGGAUCAACCCUGAAGCUUUUCUGAACGAAAUCAAGUACAUUGCGAGCGACCCUGACGACAAGCAUUUCUUCAACGUCAGCGACGAAGCUGCCCUGAAAGACAUCGUGGACGCUCUGGGAGAGAGGAUUUUCAGCCUGGAAGGAACCAACAAGAAUGAAAUCUCCUUCGGCCUGGAAAUGUCCCAGACGGGAUUUUCAUCGCACAUUGUGGAAGACGGGAUCCUUCUGGGGGCGGUGGGGGCCUACGACUGGAACGGAGCCGUCCUGAAGGAGACCACCAGCGGCAAAGUGGUUCCGCACCGGGAGUCCUACCUCCAGGAGUUUCCGGAGGAGCUGAAGAACCACGGAGCCUACCUGGGUUACACAGUCACGUCGGUGGUCUCGAAAGCGCUGGGCAGGGUCUACGUGGCGGGGGCUCCCCGCUUCAACCACACGGGGAAAGUGAUCCUCUUCACGAUGCACGUCGACCGGAACCUCACCAUCCACCAGGCGCUGAAAGGGGAGCAGAUCGGUGCCUAUUAUGGAAGCGAAAUCAAUUCUGUGGAUGUGAAUGGGGACGGGGUCACCGAUAUUUUGUUGGUCGGAGCCCCAAUGUACUUCAGCGAAGGAAGAGAGAAAGGGAAGGUCUAUGUCUAUUCCCUCAAAGAGGACCGAUUUGUCUCCAGCGGGUCAUUAAUGGACUUGCCAGGCUACCAGAACUCCCGCUUUGGCUCCUGCAUCGCCUCCGUCUCGGACCUGAACCAGGACUCUUUCAACGACGUUGUUGUCGGGGCUCCGCUGGAAGACGACCAUCAGGGAGCCAUCUAUGUCUUCCACGGCUAUCAAGAAAACCUCCUCCGGAAAUACAAGCAGAGGAUCCCGGCGGCCGAGCUCUCUCCGGGCCUGAUGUAUUUCGGGUGCAGCAUCCACGGGAAUCUGGACCUGAACGAAGACGGGCUCGUCGACCUGGCUGUCGGCUCCCUCGGAAGCGCCGUGUUGCUUUGGUCUCGCAGCGUCGUCCGGGUCAACGCCAGCCUCCGCUUUGAGCCCUUCAAGAUCAACGUCUUCAACAAGGACUGCUUCCGGAACGGAAAAGAGGCCACUUGCCUCUCGGCCUUCCUGUGCUUCACGGCCGUCUUCCUCUCGGCUCACUUCCAGGCAGCCAGCGUCGCUCUGAAUUUCAACCUCACCAUUGACGAGCGGCGGUACGUUCCCAGAGCCCAUCUUGACGAAAACGGAGACCGACUCACCCACAAAACGGCCACGCUACCAGCCGGUCAAGAGCAAUGCGAGAGGCUGGAUUUCCACGUCUUGGAUACAGCUGACUAUGUGAAGCCAGUCACGUUUUCCGUUGCCUAUGGCUUGGAGAGUCCUCACCAUGGACCAGUGAUGGAGGACGGGUGGCCAACUUCGCUGAAAGUGGCUGUUCCCUUCUGGAACGGCUGCAACGAAGACGAGCACUGCAUCCCAAAUUUGGUCCUCGAUGCCAAAACCGACAUCCCGACUGCCAUGGAGUACUGCCGGCGCGUCCUGAGGAAGCCGCGUGCGGACUGCUCGGCCUACACGCUGUCCUUCGACGCCUCCAUUUUCGUCAUCGAAAGUGCCCGGAGGAGGGUGGCUGUGGAGGCCACGCUGGAGAACGCCGGGGAGAACGCCUACAACACCGUCCUGAACAUUUCCUUCUCCAGGAACCUGCAGUUUGCCAGCCUGAUCCAGAAGGAUGACCUGGACAUUAACAUUGAGUGCAUGUCUGAGGAGAAGCACCCCAACAGCAGGGUCUGCAACGUCAGCUACCCCUUCUUCAGAGCCAAAGCAAAGGUGGCUUUCCGCCUGGAUUUCGAGUUCAGCAAGUCUGUUUUCCUGCAAAGCCUGGAGAUCUUCCUCACCACCAAGAGUGACAGCGAAGAACAGGAAAGCACCAAAGGAGACAAUUCGGUCCUCCUGAAACUCCCGCUGAAAUAUGAAAGCGACCUCCUCUUCACCAGGAGCUCCAGCCAGGACUAUUACGAGGUCAAACCCAACCGUUCCCUGGAGAGAUACGACAGCAUCGGCCCGCCUUUCAACGGCACCUUCAAGCUCCAGAACCUGGGCCUUUUCCCCGUGGAUGGCGUGGCCAUCAAGAUCACGGUCCCGGUGGCCACGCGAGGAGGGAACCGGCUUCUGCAGCUCUCCGGCUUCCGGGUCCAUGAGGGAACCACGAAAUGCCACAUCGGGGGCAACAAUACGGACUACCGCCGGGCGCCCUCGGAUGAGGACUUGGGCCGCCAUCCCCAGCUGAAUCGCAGCAAUUCGGACAUGAUCUCCAUCGACUGCAGCGUGAACCUAGCGGCCAAUGGAGAAGUCAGCUUCCUCUUGUCCGGCAACCUUUGGAUGAAGUCGCUGAGGGCGAUGAGAUUCAAGUCUCUGAGGUUGGUGAUCCAUGCCGCUCUGCAGAGAGGCUUCCGCAGCGCCUUCGUCUUCCGAGAAGAGGAUCCCAGCCGGCAGAUCGUCUUUGAAAUCUCCAAGGUGGAGGACUCCCAGGUGCCCACCUGGAUCAUCAUCGGGAGCACACUGGGUGGCCUCUUGCUGCUGGGGCUGUUAGUGCUGGCGCUCUGGAAGCUGGGCUUCUUCAAGAGUGCCGACCGCAAGCGAGGGGCCGAUCCAGGCCAGAGCGGCAAGGACUUGGACUGAGGCUCUACUUCUCCGCCAAGGGACUCGCCCGGUGACCCCUCGCUGCUGCCCGGUGUGGUGGUCCGGCCCCCGGCUUGGCUUCCCUCCUCCCAUCAUCGAUGCCAGGCCAAGGCUCUUCACACUGGGUCCCCCGUUUCCUUCUGCUUCAGACACUGGAUGCACACAGAGCAGACUCCGAAGGGAGACCCGUCCCUCCAUCUCCAAAGUGACCAGGUGCCUUGCGAGGCGGCCCCGAGACCCCUUGACCUCUCAGCAAUGCAAAGACGCCCCUCCUGCCCGGGACACCCUCCUUUCCGGAGGAAGACGUCACAUCUACAAGGGGAAAAGGAGAGAGAAGUCAGAGGAAGUGCCACAGAGGAGGAAUUGCUCAGGAGGGAUUCUCCACUCCACGUGAAUGAUCCUGCAGAAAGCGGACUCCGCUUCACGGUGGCUGGAUGUCUCUGCAAAGGGAGCUUUCCUCCCACAACUCAUAGCAUUUGCCCCCAAGAGUGCCGCAUUCAGCAUGGCAAGCAGCCCUUCCAGCCAAGACCUGUCCGGCAUCACAUCUCGCAGCGUGCAAGCGGCACGGCUCUUGCGGAUGGGCCUGGAGGGAGGAACCCAAGAGCCAUGCAAGGCGGGAGAACGUUCUAAGGAAAAGGCAGGAUCAUGACACAAGUCAAUCAACAGCAGAGCAAAGCGUGUUUCGCCUCCAGACCCAGAAGGUUCCACAGCUGACCAAGGACCCAAGCCAAGGACCGGGUGCAGGAGACGUGUCCCUGUUGAUUGACACCCAUCUUCUUUCCCACCUCGGCCUCUUUCCCAGUUGUUUCUCUUCACAAGGAAGAGCGAUGGGAUUUCAAUCCCCUCCUUCUUUGGAUGCACUGACCACAAAGGCACCUCCACCCCGUUGUGAGCACCUUAACACAAACCUUCUGUCUUCAGAUGUAUGUACUUAUUCUGAAUCUGAAAAGAACCCGUUUGAAGUGUUUGCCUGCAAGUUGUGCAAGUUCCAAAACCAACCAAGACAAGGAACAAACUGUAUUAUAUGUAUACUAGCUUUGCCUGGCCACACGUUGCUGUGGCUAGGACUUUAUUUUUCUUUUUGUUGUAUGAACGUAGAGGCGUGGAUGAGAGGUUGUGCUGUCAAUUUUCGAGGUUGUGGGGUGUUUAGUUUAGUUGUUUUGUCCGGUGCCAUGAUUCCAUUACCCUUUUAUAUAUAUAGAUAGUUGUCUAUGAUGACAAGGUAUUGAUUUGGCCUUUUUUCCUCUUCUGCAUAGUAGUUAUUUAUGCCGUUAUUGUUAAUAGGAAUGACUGGAAAUGAGAUAUCUGUUCAGCUGAAUGCAGUCACGUAUGUAAAAAUGCUGCAGCCAUAAGAUCUUUCUUAAGGAAAUUAAAACUUUUAAAAAACG